AUAUCCAGCUUACCCCUUCGGCUCACGGCUGUAUGCUUCUACAGGGGAUGGUCUUCCGUUUAACGCGAAUAAACUGAGUUGAGUUAAUUAGGAUACGGUUGGGUAUUUUGUUAAGACUAGUAGCUGUCACAACAAAACAGGUAAACAUGACGACGCGAUCGGAAAGGGAGAAGGCUCAGAAACUCAACGAACAGCAUCAGGCCAUCCUCGCCAAAAUGCUAAGGGAAGAGGAUAACAAAUACUGCGCCGACUGUGAGGCGAAAGGGCCACGAUGGGCCUCCUGGAACCUUGGUGUAUUUAUUUGUAUCCGAUGUGCCGGCAUCCACCGGAACCUGGGAGUGCACAUAUCACGCGUCAAAUCCGUCAACCUGGACCAAUGGACCCCAGAGCAGAUCCAGAGCGUGCAGAGUAUGGGCAACACCAAGGCCAGACUGCUGUAUGAGGCUCACCUGCCAGAGAACUUCAGACGACCACAAACUGACCAAGCGGUGGAGUUUUUCAUCAGGGACAAGUAUGAGAAGAAAAAAUACUACGACAAGAACGGCGUGAAUGGAUCCAUCAGCAAGGAACGAGAGAGGAAGAAAGAGGAGAAGAAGAGAGAGAAGGACACAGACAAAGGGACUAAGUCGACAGCCUUGGACAAGAAGAGAGAGGAGAUCCAGACGGACUCCAGAGCCAGCCCUAAGAAGAGCGCCGAGCCUGCUAUCGACCUGCUGGGCCUGGAUGCUCCAGCGGCCAGUUCCUCUAGCAGUGCGGCGACAUCAGCAGCUCAGAUCAGCGAUGACCUGGACAUUUUCGGGCCCAUGGUGUCCAACCCUCUCCCCUCAGGCACCACCACAGCACCCCCUCAGGCCAGUAAAGCACCGGGCAGCUCAGCAACUGUGGCGUCCAGUGGGGGGGCCCCAGCAGGACCAGGAGGGGCCCCCCCUGCCCAGGGAGACCUGGACCUUUUCAGCGAGAGCAGCAGCACUGGAGCAAAGGCAGAGGACACAGCAAAGAAACCACUGUCCAAGGACUCCAUCCUGUCUCUGUAUGGCUCCAGCACCAUACCCCAACAACCUGCCCAAGCGGCCAUGUUCAUGGGCGCCUCUCAGAUGCAGUUUCCCACGCAGCCUCAGGCGAACUUCCAGGCCUUUCCAGGAAUGGGCGGGGCUAUGCCUCCAACCACCAUGAUGGGCGCGGUCAUGGGCCAGGGUGGGGCCAUGAUGGGCCAAAACACCGGGAUGAUGGUUGGCAUGACGAUGCCCAACGGCUUCAUGGGAAACGCGCAGACGGGAGUUAUGGGCCUGGCCCCAGGCAUGAUGGGAGGCCAGCCGGCGGCCAUGCCAGCAGGCGUGGUACCCCCGCAAAACAUGUAUGCCAUGCAGCCUGGACAACAGCCCCAGUGGAGCAUGGGACAGAUGAGCCAGCAGAUGUCUGCCAUGAAUCUGAAUGGGGCCGGAGUCCCGGUGGCGUUUGGGCAGCCAGGGGCCCCUAUGGGAGGCUGGGUAGGGCCCCCAUCUGGUCAGACCCUCAGUACCCAGCUCUGGAAGUGAGCGGCCAACUCAGAGGAAGGAGGGCGAGAGAAAAGGGACCCUCCCCCUCCUUCCGCCGGCCCCUCCCUCGCCAGGCCGCCCGCGCACACUCAGAGUGUUAUCCUCGUACUGAUUCUGUGGUUUUUGUUUUUUUCUCCUUUGCGACCGUAACCUUCUCCGGAGAGUGUCCGCUCGACCUUACCCCUCGUCUGUCGAUUCAGACUGACAAAAGAGUGUGGAGUUUAAAGAGACUGGCAGCUUUGUCCGUCUAAUUUGCAUUUUUUUUCUUCUUCUUCUUCUUCUUCUUCUUCUUCUUUUUCUUCAAUAUAUUUUUGGGUUUAAAAAGAAAAGAAAAAAAAAAAAAACAUAUCAGCAAAGAAAGCUGCUGGACCAAUUAUACAAGCGUCUAAUAUAUCAUUACCCAAUCAAUAGUGAGUAUAGUAUUUAAAUGGCAGAGAUAAGGCUAUCAUGUUUGUGAUCCAGUUCCCUCUCCCUCACACCCUGUGUAUAAACACCUCAUAGACCUUGUAGCAGAUAUCCUAUGAGCAGAUGUGAUGUAUGUAACCAUAUGAUAGAGAGACUUCCAAUGAUUCCACAUCUCUCCGUAGACCCCGCCCCCCGCCCCAUAGACCCCGCCUUCCGCCCCAUAGACCCCGCCUUCCGCCCCAAACCCAUACACAUGUAUUCCCACAUCUCCAUCCAUCUCUCCAUCCAUCCAUUCAUUCAUUCAUUCAUUCAUUCAUUCAUUCAUUCAUUCAUCAAACUCCAUCACCCCCCUCCCAACCCCACCGCGCUCCUCCCCUGCCCUCCAUCUUUACUGUGACGUUUUAAUGUGUGCAUUGCAGAAAAGCACAGUUAGCAAAGAGGCAAAUAAACCUGGACGACCUGACAGCAGUUUAACAGUUAACGGGGGAGGGGGGGGGGUGAUUGUUAGUCUAGGGUCGAGAUGGGGGAUUUGGGGCAAAUUAAUUUAGUUCAUUUAUUUGUAUGUGGGGGUGAGGAACGACAAGAUCGAACAAAAGGACAGUCACACACACACACACACACACACACACACAAACAAACAUACGCAUGCAGACGGACAUGUUAGUCUGGCCUGUGUGGCUGAGGUUACUCCUCUCAGACAGAGCCUGUCUGUGGGGUUACUCUUCUCAGACAGAGCCUGUCUGUGGGGUUACUCCUCUCAGACAGAGCCUGUCUGUGGGGUUACUCCUCUCAGACAGGGACUGUCUGUGGGGUUACUCCUCUCAGACAGGGCCUCUCUGUGGGGUUACUCCUCUCAGACAGGGCCUGUCUUUGGGGUUACUCCUCUUAGACAGAGCCUGUCUGUGGGGUUACUCCUCUUAGGCAGGGCCUCUCUGUGGGGUUACUCCUCUCAGACAGAGCCUGUCUGUGGGGUUACUCCUCUCAGACAGAGCCUGUCUGUGGAGUUACUCCUCUCAGACAGGGGCUGUCUGUGGGGUUACUCCUCUCAGACAGGGCCUCUCUGUGGGGUUACUCCUCUUAGACAGGGCCUCUCUGCUGUGCAAUAAUGUGAAAGCUCACACCUUGUCAUCCAGGUUUAUUUCCAUUAUGUGUUUACAUUUUCUGGUGCCUAGUACAGAGAAAUUUAAAAAGGAAAAAAAAAAAAAAAAAGAAACAAACAAAUGUUAUUUCUGUGCAUUAAACAGUGAAUAGCCAUGACUUACUAUGGUGUGAUCAUUUUGUCCAAUGACUCAUUUAUUGUAAAGUUUUCAUCUAUUAUGUUGUUUUUUUUUUCAUUCCUUUUAAAAGAGGGUCGUUUGGAAUAAAGAGUUGUAAUCCAC